AUGGCCAGCAAUAGCUUUUCGGAUGUCAAUUAUCGCAUCCUGGAGCUUGAGGAGAAAUUAAGACAGGCAGAAGAGGGCCGUCGACAGGCAGAAGACGAGGCAAGAAAGGAAAAAGAGCGCACUCGACCGACCACUUUCAUGGAACUCCUGCGCUCUUGCCACUCCCUACUCUCCCUUCCAUUGAGAGUCGGGGAAAUAUCCGUGUCGACCACAGGUCAAAUACCCGCCCCCACUGGAAAGUUUUGCCCGACACGACUCGAAUUGUGGGUUGAUUGUCCAGCUCAACAGCAAGCGCUCUACUCCGCUGUGUGUGGGUACCUACAAUCGGAGGAUUCGCUGCGGGCCUUCCCUUCUCUGCACCAGAUUGAGGGAUAUCAAGAACGCCUUACUAGCAAGCCGAUCGAUAGCGAGAAGGGCAUAGAGCAUUACGAGCAGUACGCUGUGGAAUAUCCAGUCAAUGAUAUAAUCACGGUAUUGAGCAAACUUCCUCUUGCUCGAGAGGAGUUCGGGCUUGGUGAUGGAAUCGAGUUCAGCUCUCAUAUAAAUGCUUUGAACGCCGAAGCUGUUGGGGCGGAUACAAGUCAGCCCUCGAGCAUACCCAACCCAAAACCCGAUCAGUUUUGGAUCCGUCGUAUUGAUGGAAACACCCAAAGCAUCCUCACGACGGUUGAAUAUAAACCCCCCCACAAGCUUUCGGUGGAAACUCUUCGUUUAGGGCUUCGACCAAUGAACUUAUGGGAGAAGAUAGUCUAUACUAAUACAAUCCCUAACGACGUCGAUGGAAAGGCUAGGUACAAUGCUGAGCGACUCGCCUGCUCCGCUAUUGUCCAGGAAUACCAUGUGAUGAUUCAGAAAGGACUCGAAUAUUCCUAUGUGACGAACGGGAUUGCGCGUGUCCUACUCCGCGUUCCAUACGACAACCCUAGUACAUUGUACUACUUUUUCUGUGAUCCUAACAGAAAAAGCGAACCGAACUUUCAAUUUCCGAAUACCUCAAUUGCUCAUGUACUAUGUCUUUGUCUGAUGGCAUUCCGAUCCCCUGUGCGUGAUCAGAUAUGGAGAUCUAAUGCGCGGUCGGUGCUCCGUACUUGGAAAACCAACUUCGACCAUACUCUUUCUGAGAUUCCCAAGGAAGAAUUACAGCAAAUCCCUCGAUCCUGUGAAAGUAGUUUCCACUCUGAGGUUACGGAUCCGGACUCCAGUACCGACUAUCACCCGUCGCCUCAAUCUGGUUCCUCUCCUCAAUCUAAUGCCCCUACGGAAGAAGGUCGUCAGUCGUCUACAAGCUCUCAACCUGCCGGGUGUGCACCAACGGAUGACCGACACCGUGCGGAGUCGCCAAACUCAUCAGGUUCCGAUACGAACCAAGAAAGGCGAAAGCGCCGCAUCAGUCAAGUCACAUCCUCCCCGUCUACUCGGCAAGAGCCUAGAAACGACCGAAGAGGCCAGUCAUAUCGCCACGAUGCGCAAUUUUGCACUCAGCGGUGUUUACUCGGGCUACAGACUGGCGGUACUCUAGACGAGCAUUGCCCAAACGUGUCACUUCAUCGACAAAGUCCAGAUGAUCAUAAACAUCCUAUCAAUGCAGGAGAUCUAGUGCGUUUAUUGAAAAUCCAACUAGGUGAGAACCGUGACAAAGACUGUACGCCUUUUGGAACAUGUGGGUCAUAUGGUGCGCCAUUCAAACUUACAUGUACUGCCUAUGGCUAUACGGUCGUUGGAAAAGGAACAACUUCGGGGCUUUGGAAGGAAGUCUCCCGCGAAGCAGAAAUUUACCAGAUUCUUCGCAAAGUCCAAGGGUCCGCAGUACCUGUUUUCCUCGGUACUAUCGACCUGUUAGUGGACUACUACCAUGAUGCGGGAGACAUUUCUCACAUGCUCAUUAUGGGCUGGGGAGGUGAGAACAUAGUGCAUAUGGAAAUGACCUCGUUGCUUCGCCGGGAGAUUCACCGGUCGAAAAGGGAAAUUCGCAAGCUGAGGGUUACUCACGGGGAUCUUCGGGAUCCAAAUAUCCUUUGGAACCCUGAACUUAACCGAAUAUUGAUCAUUGACUUUCACAAGUCUAAGUUGGAUCCCCGGCCAUUAUCAAAACAGUCGGGACCCAUGAAGAGAAAAUCGGAUCAGACAGAAUUAUCGGAUGGAAAGGACGGAAAGGAUGGAAAGCGUCUGCAUAUGAUUUGUGAAUGA